UGGGCGUGGUGUUUAACCGGAAGUAGGCGUGUUUUUGAGCCCCAGGUGGGCGUUAGCGACAGGUGAAGGCUUCAGAUUCAGAUUCGGUCUGUGUGGAGUGGACAUGAAAACACUGAUCAGCCGCGGAGCAGUAAUACACACAGUGCUGUGAGUUUCACUCACCAGAUCCAGAUCCAGGUUCAGGUGGAGAUCCAGGUUCAGGUGGAGAUCCAGAUCCAGGUUCAGGUGGAGAUCCAGGUUCAGGUGGAGAUCCAGAUCCAGGUUCAGGUCACCGUUCACACAGGAAGCAGCAGAAGUUCAGCAGCCGGUGGUUUGUUUCCACUCCUCCGAACAGAUUAUUAUCCAUCCAUUCACAAAACACAGGGUGAUUUGGGUGUGUGUGUAAGAGAGACAGUGUGUGUGUGGGUGAGCGAUUACAUUAACAAUGGCGGUGACCAAGCUUCCUGAAUCAGCGCAGCAUGAAGGUGAAAAUGAGGGCCACAUUGAAGUAUUAGUUCCAGACACUUCUCCACACCCCCAGACUCCGCCCACAGAACUAACCCCCAGCAUUACAAAAGAGGGCGGAGCUGCAGACCACGCCACGGACCAUGCCACGCCCCAGUCUCGUCUGUCACGAGGUUUUGCGCGUUUGUUGCGUAAGAACCAGGACUACAUCCGCAUCAGCAUGGGCGAGCCCCGCCCUGAGCGCCUGCAUGCUGAGCGUCUGCCGGCUGAGUGGUGGAAAACGGGCGUGUCCUUCCUGUGGGCGGGGUCUAUGCUCUUCCUCACCACUGUCAUGAUCACGGUGGUGCACGAGCGCGUCCCUGAGAAGGAGAGCAAUCCACCGCUGCCCGAUAAGUUCUUUGACUAUGUGCCGCGUGUGGAGUGGGCGUUUACGGUCACCGAGGUCAUCGGUAUCGUACUGACGCUCGUCUGGACCACACAGUGGCUCUGUCUCAAACACAAGUCAAUCAUAGGCCGCAGAUUCUUCUUCCUGAUGGGGAUGUUGUAUCUAUAUCGCAUCAUCACCAUGUACAUCACCACGCUGCCUGUCCCCAGCACACACAUGAACUGUGCUCCCAAGUUGUAUGAUGACUCAGUGGGGAAAGUGUAUCGCAUCCUGCAGCUCGUCUCAGGAGGAGGUUUGUCCAUCACGGGCUCACACAUGAUGUGUGGUGAUUUCCUGUACAGCGGUCACACAGUCAUCCUCACACUCACCUACCUCUUCAUCAGUGAAUACUCCCCCCGCUGGAUGUGGUGGUACCACCUGAUCUGCUGGUUGCUGAGUUUAGUGGGCGUGGUCUUCAUCCUUGUAGCUCAUGAGCACUACAGCGUGGACGUGGUGGUGGCGUAUUUCGUUACGUCACGCCUCUUCUACUGGUACCACACCAUGGCCAACAACCAGUCUCUACGAGAUUCUCCUCAGAAUUAUCUCUCUCGUGUGUGGUGGAGGUUCUUCUUUAACUUCCUGGAGAGGAACGUUCGCUGCGUGGUGCCCUGUAAGUUCUGCUGGCCGUUCACUCUGCCCACCUCCUGCCUUACUACGCCCUGCGACUCGUACUCCAAAGUGCAGACGACCCGAGACGAGUGACACACACACACACACACACACACACACACACACAGGGGACAGAACGUUACAGCUCAAGCGCACACACACAGCAGUAUUUUACAGACUGAGAGUGUGUGUGUGUGUACCUAAGUGCUUUAAAGACUCUAUAUGGUGAAGAAGAAGAAGAAAAUAAUUUAUUUUUAUGAAGGAUGUUUAUGUUUUAUGAAUUUGUGACUCAGUCGUUACUGACAUUACUGAAGGACUGUUUAUGUUUAUUGACACGUACUGUAUUUUUUUAAAUUUCAGUGUGAAUAUCUUUUGCAAUAGUACUGUAUGUUCGUUAAAGUUUAAUAUUGCUUAUUUGGCCUGCUGUAUGAUAAUGUAAAAGAAUAAACUAUU